GCCGAGCUGGGUCUGCAUGCAGUCACACUUUCCAGAGGCCUUUAUCCACCGGAGGAGGCAGAGCUCAGAAUCGUCGCCCCCCCCCAGGGAUAACAUCCAGCCGGAGACAGGAGGCGCAGCUAGGGAGCAUCGGUCGUAUCGAUAGGAGUCCCUGAAGAGUGUACGGUUUUAGGAACAGAGCAGCGAUUCAAGCUGGCGGCAGACAAAAAGCAGGCCUCGUCGGAGGAGGGCGAGGCCGACGGAAGACGAGGCGAGCCGGCAGGCAGGAACCCCCACGAGCCGCAGAGUGUGUUGGUGCGCGUCGAGGUGGAGCAGGACAUCCCCAUGUCAGUGGCGCUGCCCAUCGAGCUGGGGCCCGACGCCGCCCACCAAGCCUUUCCCUUCCUGGACACCACCCUGGCCGACCUGGGCAUCCAAGAGUCGGACGUGAAGGAGAGGGUGGUGUGGGUCGACACCAAGAAGACGCAGGUGAAGAACAAAACGGGGAAGCUGAAGGAGAAGGAGACCACCAUCCUAGAGGUGCGAGUGAAAGCCAAGAAGCCCGGAGACAAGCAGCUCCAGGAGGUCCUGUACAGCACGGAGGCCCACACUGACCGCUCCUUCUGCCGGACGGGGAUGGACAUUCAGCCCUGGAAGCAGAGAUCCCCAGGGAAGAAGAGCCUGAACCCCGUGGAGAUGACUAUGGAGUUAGACCUGAAGAAGCGGCAGCCCACCAACACCGAGGUUCAGGAUCAAUGAGACAUCUGAUGCACCACAGGACAACAUCCAUUCAAAGAAAACGGCAGUAGAAGAGAAACAGAUUUAUUAAUAAACAGGGCUGGCAUGUAGUAGAUGUCCAGUUUUUAAACGUACUUCAGAGUUUAAACGCUACUUAACUUUCCAAAGGGGAGGGGUUGAAACAGCUGAACGUAAGCAGAUAUGAAAGCUCGUAAAAAUCUUUGUUACAUGUGUGCAAAUGUUUGCUUUUCCUUUUUUCACUUCCUGCACCACAUACGACCAAAAGACGGGUUUACAGCACGUAUUCACAGGAAGACUUAGUGAGAGAUAACUUUAUUUACAUCAGGUGUGUUUAAGUUACCUCUGCUGUGUCAGGUGGAUUUAUUCCUUUAGUCAUGGAAAAAUAGAGUUUGGACUUUGCAUGACAAGAUAAAGGAAACAGGCACUUAGAUGAGCUCAGAGCAGAAAGAAUGUGAACUGAUCUGGAAAUGAAUCGCUAAUCUAAACUUCGCACAGAUGAGUGGAUCCUGUAAACUUUAAUGUCUGAGUGAAAAUAACUUUAUAUUCUUAGAGGAAUAACAAAACCCAGAACAGAAAAACAGAGUUAAACAGAACAGUGGUGAAAUUUGAACAAUAAAUUAGAGGCAGAUCUUGUGAAAUUGCUAGUGGGGCCUAAGUGCCAGAUGCAUCAUUGAGGGGAAACAGACGUCCCCUGUCCCACCUCUGUGUUAGAGGCAGAGCGCGCUGGGGCUAUGAGGAGCUGACGGCCACGGCGACUUUGGCUCGCUGCUCUGCAGGAAGGGAGGCGGCUGCUGCUUGGAACUCUGCGCCGUGCUUCUGGGCCAAUUCUUUCAUCAGAGCUACCGCACAGCUCUGGGUUUCUGAGGGAGAGCAGCCGAGAGUCAGCGUCGACAGCUAAUCACUGAAGACCCAUUAGUGGAACUCAACAGAAUACUGAGGAGCUCUGCGCGGAUGCAGGCUCUGAGCGCUCAGUGGGAGGAGGCUUUUACUCCCUUUUCCACGACUAACUGCAGAAACUCAACAUUUUUAAACAUCGCUGGAGAGCCGACGUCCCAGAUGAGCGAGCUUUACCUUGAUUGACGUCCUUGUGGCCGACGACAUGGCAGGAAGCAGCGACGACGGGCUUCAUCACCUUCACCACCUAAACACGAGCGCAGCGACGGCUGUUAGAGCUUAUGGACAAACGCACCGACCUCCUGAAACACCAAGCUCCUGGUUUUCAGACGGAUUUAUUCAGAUUCUGCUCUUAUAAAAUGGGCUUUAAUGUUUGACAUAUUUAAUUAAAAAAAGCAUAACUGACUGAAA